AUGUCAGAAGAAGAUAAAGAGUCAGUAGAUCAGCUUGGUGGUCUAUUGGACGAGGCUUUGGGAGGAUUUGGAAAGGCUAAACCAGCUCCAACUAGAUCCACAGACGAUGAUCUGGACGACUUUUUGGCUCCAAUGGAUGCCGAAGCUACGAAAAAGGCAGCUGAAACAUUUGAGGUAGGGUUUUCGCCUUGUUUUGUUAUGAUUUUAGGGCAGAAAUCGAAUUUUUUAAAAUUGAAGGUUUACGAUUUGUAAAGGAAUGUAAGUUUGAUGUAGUCUAAAAAUUUUGGGGAUUUAUAUUGAGUAGUAAAAGAAUUACAGCUUUUCAAACCUCAAGGUCUCAUUAGAACUUACCUGAAAAAAUGUAAUUUUCAGAAAAUGCUGAAAGACAUGGAAGAAACAGCAAAGAAUGCGAAGAAAGAAGAAGAAUCAGAAGUAUCAUUGCCAGCAGGAGGCUCUCAAUUCUUAUGUGAGCUUCUGGGUAUCAAUAAGUUGUUGGAUGAAGAUGGAGCAGAUCCAGAAAUUCGCCAGCUAACAGAGGUUCUAUUACAAGGAUGUUUCACAAAAGAAGUUAUUCAUCCUUUGCUAAUACAGUUCCAUAAAGCUAUCACUGAAUAUCUGAAUGAUAACGACCUUGAGGAUGAACAAAAACAGAACUUGGAGGCUCAGAAGGAGGUAAUGAGCGUGUUUUUGAUGUUGUUUUAGAUGGGUUUGGGGUGGGGAUGGAAUGGAAGGUUAAGGAUUGGACUAGCUAAAAGGAAUGGAAGGUUAAGGACUAGCUAAAAGUGGUCUUUAAAACAUGAUUUUCAGGCUUUGGAAUAGUAGAAAUGAAGUUUCAGGGGUUAUGUAGAGCUAAAAUAUGGUUUUUGCUUACUUAUAGGCUAAUGUAAUAUUAUUUUUUAGCUAGUCUAAGGUCAAGUUGAAUGAAGAGGAGUUAAGGUCUACUCUAUAAUUAAGGUCUAGCAAUAAGGAAAUAUAUAUAUAUUAUACUAAACCUCCACUCUUUUAGGUCUUCGAAAAGCUGAUUCAAAGCUACGAAACCCAGUCGGAUCCAGCCACAAAAGAGGAAACCGACCAACAGAACUCGUUGUGGGCACAGCUCAGAGACCUGGGAGAAGUUCCGCCAGCUUUAUUAGAGAAGUUCGAAGCCAACCUUCCGAACCCAGGCCUACUACCCAACAUGGGCGGAUUCCCGGGCGGUGGUGAUGUGAAUCCAAAUCAGUGCAACAUCAUGUAA